AGUGAGCAAUGCAAGACUUAAGAAGUCAAGUCUUACCACUGGUGUCAAUGGCUAAAGGCCAAUGUAAGAAUUUCCUUUUCCCUUCAGCUUUUUUCCCCCAAUAAGUCUGACCCAUCUUAUACGUUUGGUUCCACAUAGUGUUUCUUUUUGACAAAUUUUACCAGUGAGAGAGACUUGUAAUGAUUACAGUGUUGAAAGUUAUGGAACUUGAUCUUAUAAGAGAGUUCAGGUGAGCUAGCUAGAAUUACGAUUCACAAACCUUCUAGUUUUUCCUCUUCUUGCAGUAUAGAUUCAAUAUGGCUUUGGCUUCUUCUUUUAUUUGCUUCCUUCUAUCUCUUCUUCUGAUCUUAGUUCAGGCAAAGGGAAAAAAUGAUUCAACUUGUCCAAAGUUCUUUUCAUGUGGGAAUCUUACUGACUUGAGCUUUCCUUUCUCUCUUUCCUCAUGAUCUGAUUGCGGACUAAAGACCAUGUCUGGUUGUGAUACUAAACCAUAUCCAAGAAUCCAACUGCUUCCUGGAGGGGAUUGGUACAAUCCUAUGGAAAAACCGCAUAAUUUUACAGUUUGGCUCUUGGACCCGAAGCUUCAUACCAUGUUGAGGCAACACAAGUGCCAGACUUUUAGCAAAAGUUUCUCCCUUCAAGACUCUCCUUCUAUUUCUUUCACUACCCCUACGCUUCACGACUUCUUCAAAUGUAACAGCACGAGUCGUAAUGCCCCAAACACUACCCAGAAGAAGAAUGAUCAUUUUGCUGGUUAUAAAAUAUACAAUGGUUGUAAAGACUUUAGCAUAUACUACAAGCUUUCUGGAGACGAUGAUGAAGACAUUCAAGCAGGCAAUCUUCCUGCAAAUUGUUCACUUAUCAGAUUGCCAAUUGACACAUUAGCAUAUGAUAGAGAUGUGUUCAAAAUGUUAAGUCACGUUUUUCUGGUACAAUGGGAACUGUCUUACGACUGUUACCAAUGUCACCAAGGUGGAGGUCAUUGCCAGACUGAUAAAACCAACAAAUUUCAAUGUACAGAUGCUCAAGAUGCAAAAACAACAAAAAGCAGGUUGGGAGUGACUCUGGGAGCAGUUUUUGGUGGAGUAGGAUUGGUGAUGAUAACUUUAGUUGUCUCCUUUAUCUGGUGUUACAAGGAGAAGAAAUUUAGUCCAUCCCUCUUCCUCACAACGAAGAAAUUCUCGGACAUUUUCAAACAUGAUGUUGAGGGAGGCAGUAUAUACUUUGGUGUCCCAGUCUUCUCUUAUUCAGAACUUGAAGAAGCCACAAAUGAUUUCAGUUCUUCUAGAGUCCUUGGAGAUGGAGGUUUUGGAACCGUUUACUAUGGAAAGCUUAAGGAUGGAAGAGAGGUUGCUGUGAAGCGCCUUUACGAGCACAACUGCAAACGAAUGCAGCAGUUUGUGAAUGAAAUUGAAAUCCUUACUAGGCUAAGGCACAACAAUGUUGUUACCCUCUAUGGUUGCACUUCAAGGCAAAGCCGUGAACUACUCCUUGUCUAUGAAUAUAUUCCUAAUGGAACUCUUGCUGAUCACCUCCAUGGUAAUAAAGCGAAGGAUGGAUCACUCACGUGGCCGAUUCGCAUGAACAUUGCCAUAGAAACUGCUGGUGCAUUGGCUUAUCUGCAUGCUUCUGACGUAAUACACUGCGAUGUCAAGACUAACAACAUACUCCUUGAUCACAACUUUAGUGUUAAAGUUGCAGAUUUUGGGAUUUCAAGGCUCUUCCCAAAUGAUGUCUCUCAUAUUUCAACUGCACCCCGGGGAACCCCUGGCUAUAUCGAUCCAAAGUAUCACGAAUGCUACCAGCUGACUAGUAAAAGUGAUGUUUAUAGCUUCGGGGUGGUCCUUGUUGAGCUCAUUUCAUCAAUGCCAGCUGUGGAUAUGAAUAAGCAUAGCCAAGAGAUUAAUUUGUCUAACUUUGCAAUAAACAAGAUCGUAAAAUGUGCAUUUCACGAGUUGAUUGAUCCAUCCCUGGGGUUCGAUUCAGAUACCAAGAUUUGGGAAAUGACUACUUCAGUAGCAGAGCUGGCUUUUCUGUGCUUGCAGACAGAUAGGGACAUGAGGCCUACUAUGGUUGAAGUUUUGGAUACUCUAAACGAGAUUCAGACUAGUGAAUUUGGCAAUGAGAAGAGAACUGAGUCUGAUCUCAAUGCCAAUGAAGCUAAAAUAGUAGCAGCUUCUUUCCCUGAAUCAGAAGAUAUGUUAUCAUUGAAACAAGUUAAAUUACUGCCUUCUCCAAAUUCUGUGACCGAUAAAUGGAUUACUUGCUCUGAUAUAACUAGAACAAAGUAGUUAAAAGUUCUACACCCCAUUUCUUUGUUAUUGAUGUAC